AUGCGUGCCAGUCUCACUUGCGUUUUGCAUAAAGAGUUGCCACGUUUUAAUUUUCUUGCUGCCUUCCCUCAAUCUGAUACUACUACUCAAGAGUUCGGACCUCCAGGAUACUAUUAUCAGCUUUUAGCGGGACAUGAGUCUGAUUCUGACUCUAAAACUUCAAAUUAUUGGUAUUAUAGGACAGAACUCUGCCGUUUCAGUGGAGCCAAGAUUUACCCCGGGAAAGGCAUCAGAUUUAUACGUGCUGAUUCUCAGGUUUUUCUGUUUGCCAACUCAAAAUGUAAGAGGUACUUCCACAACCGACUUAAACCAUCAAAACUUACCUGGACUGCCAUGUACAGGAAGCAACACAAGAAGGACAUUGCCCAAGAGGCUGUGAAGAAGAGGAGACGCACCACCAAGAAACCAUACUCCAGGUCCAUUGUGGGUGCCACCUUGGAAGUUAUCCAGAAGAGAAGAACUGAAAAACCGGAAGUUCGUGAUGCUGCCAGGGAAGCUGCGCUCCGUGAAAUUAAGGAAAGGAUCAAGAAGUCAAAGGACGAAAAGAAGGCAAAGACUGAAGUGAUGGCGAAGCAACAAAAGAAGAGGCAGGCGAAUGUUCCUAAGGGCGCUGCACCAAAAGUCCCAAACUUGUGGUGUGUGAGGGAAACGUUGAGGUAUUUAACAGUUGGUAGUAGUUAUAGGUUAAUUUGGAAGGUUUUGUUGACUACACUUGUGUUUGGCCAAUUUGGAAUUGGCAUUUUUGUUAGCUUACAUUGAUUACAUGUUUGAAUGGAUAUCUGGUUAUUUUAUGGAUCAUGGACUUUUUGUAAUUUGAACUUGCCUGUGCAAAUAUGCUUUUUAUUUUUUUGGGGGGAUAGUGUGAUGAGAAAUAUGGAUCUGGCAAUUGUUGUUCUAA